AUGGUGGAUCCGGUGGCGGAUGCGGGCGAGGAGAAAGACGCAGAGCCCGGGAGCGCAGCAGCGGCAGCAGCAGGUGGAGACGAGGCCUCGGCGGCGGCGGCCCCGGCCCCGGCAGCAACAGCAGCAGCAGCAGCCAGUUCCUCCUCCUCGGCGGCGGAUGGUGCCUCUCCGGCGUCCGCCUCGGGCGCGGCGGCGGAAGCGGCGGCUCCUCCUGGCGGAGACGCGGCGCAGCUGCGCGAGGAAUCGCCGCUGCUUCACCUGGACCUGUACAACUUCGACUGCGCCGAGGCCGAGGGCAGCCGCUAUGUGCUCACGAGCCCGCGCUCGCUGGAGGCGUGCGCCCGCUGCGCCGUCAAGCCGGUGGAGCUGCUGCCGCGCUCGCUGGGCGAGCUGGUCAAAGAGGCGCCCGGGCGCUCCAUGCGCGUGGCCGCCGGCCUCUACGAGGUCUACGAGAUGGACCGGCAGAGGAAGCUGCAGCAGUGCCGGGAGGAAAGGGAAAGGAUUAUCCGCGAGGAGAAGAGGAGGCUCUUCACGCCGCUCCUCACCGCCAGCCUGCCUUCCUCGCCGGCGCCCAGGAUCGCCUUCAAAAGCACCAGCGGCAGCUGCACCCCAGUAGGGCAGACCAGGACCGGCUGCUUGCCGCCUCCUCCUCCUCCUGCUGCUGCUUCUGCUGCUCCCACGGGCGCCAGGACCAAGAAGAGCCACUCCCUGGACUCCUUGCAGAAGAGGAGGGAUGGCCACUCCACCAAAACCUCCUCCGACUCCGGGGCCUCCUCCUCCUACAGCGGAGACAGUUUCCGGGACAAGUGGCCCAAGGAGCUGCCCAGGACUAAGACGGUGGCAACCAUGACAGCCCUAGUAGGCCGCAGCUUCAGCUUGGGCGACCUGAGCCAUUCGCCCCAGACGGCCAAGAAGGUGGAGAGGAUCGUCAAGGAGGUGAAGAGGAAGAAGGGCCUCAAGGAGGUGUCGGAGAGGGACCGGAAGAUCGCGGCGCUGAUGAUUGCCAAGCAGCAGGAGGAGAGCAUCUUGAAGGAGCAGAGGUACAGUGCCCACCUGCAGUGGGACAUCCAGCGGAGGCAGGCGGAGCAGAGGAGGGAGCGGGAGGAGAGGCAGAAGCAGAGGGCCUUGCUGCAGUGCCACCAGCUGUGGGAGUCGCGGCUGGAGAGGCGGCGCAGCAAGGUGAGCCAGGAGGAGCAGGCGGCCACCCUGCUGAAGCAGAAGCAGAGCUGGCAGCAGGAGGAGAAGUGGCGGGAGCACCUGGAGAAGCAGGAGAAGAUGAGGCGGGAGAGGCAGGAGAAGGCCCUCCUGGAUGACAAGAAGAAGAAGCGCCACCAAGAGCACAACCUGAAGGCUCAGGAGGAGGUCAAGAGAGAGGCCAUGGAGCGAGAGGUGCAGCUGCUGCAAGAGAAGCUGUCCUUGGCCGCCCAGAAGAAGCUGAAGAAGGAGCAGCUGCUGCAGAGGGAGAAGCGGCUGCUCAACCAGGCUGAGAAGCGGAAGCACGAGAUCAUCCUCAAGGAGAAGGCCAAGCAGGAGGCCGAGGAGAAGGCGGUGCUGAGGGCUUCUGUGGAAGGGAGCCUCAACAAGGCCCAGGAGAAGUACGAGCAGCUGGUGGAGAAGAGGAACCAGGAGCUGAGGGAGAGAGCCAAGCGGGAGGAGAUGCACAGCCAGAGGGCCAAGAAGGCAGCGGAGAGGAGGGACCGGGAGCAGAAGGAGUACUUGAAGGCCUUGGCCAGGGCUUCUGAGCGGAAGCUGCAGCAUGCGGCUCAGGUGGCCGAGGAAGUGGUGCAGCAGAAGGCCCAGAAGGUGGUGCAGAGCCGGCUGGAGAAGGAGAAGGUGCAAAAAGUGAACAAGAGGAAGGUGGAAGAGAACGAAGACAUCCGUCGCAGGGAGAUCUUGCAGUCCAUUGAGAAGAAGCUGGAGCGGAGCGAACAGAUCUGCAAGGAGAAAAAAAAUGUCUUGGAAAACGCCCGGUCUGUUGCUCGGGCAUCGUUCCAUGUCCGGGAAAAAGUCCGGGAAGAGAUGAACAUACGUACCUUUGACAGGAUGGCCUUUGAGGCAGAAUUGCAGGCCAGCCUGGUUAAGAAAUAA